CAUCGUCUGGAAGCGAUGAUGUUCGCAGUCGACCACAUCAACUCUGAUCGCUCCCUGCUGCCCCGCGUCCGUCUGGGUGCAGAGAUACUCGACACGUGCGCACGGGACACGUACGCUCUCAACCAAUCCCUCGAGUUCGUUCGCGCAUCCUUCAGCAACCUGGACGCAUCCGAAUUCGAAUGUCAGGACGGGUCGGAACCGACGCCGAAAUCAGACCAGAGGGCCGUCGCCGGCGUCAUCGGCGGAUCCGGAAGUGACGUGUCCAUCCACGUCGCCAACCUACUCCGGUUGUUUAAAAUCCCUCAGAUCAGCUACGCUUCCACGAGCGCAGCCCUGAGCGAUAAAACUCGAUUCGAUUACUUCGCUAGGACAGUCCCGCCUGACACCUUCCAGGCGAAAGCCAUGGCGGACAUCGUAGAACUAUUCAACUGGACCUACGUGUCCACGAUUGCUUCCGAGGGAGACUACGGACAGGCGGGGAUAGAUUCGUUCGUGCAGGAAGCGCGCGCGAGGAAUAUCUGCGUGGCGACGUCGGAAAAAAUCCCGACGUCGUCGAACAAUGCGACGUUCGACGCGAUCGUGAAAAGUCUCCGAAAGAAAGCGAACGCUAAAGGCGUCAUCAUGUUCACUCGAAUGGAGGACUCGCGUGCCUUCAUGGAGUCCCUCGGGCGCAUGAGCGCGCGACAGGAAUUCACCCUGAUAGCCAGUGACGCAUGGGGCAACCAACAAGGCGUCGUAGAUGGUUUACGCGCACGGGCGGCAGAGGGCGCUAUAACUAUCAAUCCGAAAUCGGAAGUCGUGGCGGAAUUCGACGAUUAUCUUUUCUCGUUGCGGCCGCGAAACAACUCGCGGAAUCCGUGGUUCGACGAAUUCUGGCAGCACAAGUUCAGUUGUCGGCUUUCGAGAGCCGACGACGUCGCGAAUUCGUCGCUGCCGACGUGCGACCCUCGUCUGACACUCAAUGGCGACAAUACUAAACAGGACAAUAAAGUGCAGUUUGUCAUCGACGCGGUCUAUGCGAUGGCGCAUGCCCUGCAUAACAUGCAUAGGGACCUUUGUCCGCGCGAUGCUGGCUUGUGUCAACGCAUGAAGAAGAUAGAUGGACACCUGUUGUACAAUCAGUACAUACUCAACGUCUCCUUCCUAG